AUGGCGGACUUUGCUCAGAUGGAUGGUCUGUCGAGCUGGACAAUUAAGCAGCUGUAUAAAUGGCUGCAGUCCGGCAUUCGAUUCUUUGACGAAAGCAGUUUAUGUCGCCACAAGAUGGAUCGUUUGUUCGAGCUCCUGUCUGCUCUGCUCAUUGGCACUUCCGCCCUGCCAUCUUCACCACCAGAGUCGUGUCUUGACUGGACACCAUGCAACAUUUCCUUUGGCUAUCAAGGCUGGCUUACACCACCUCCAUACCCAUACCAAUGCGCCAAUCUGACCGUGCCCUUGGACUAUACGGAUCCAAACUCCGAAGACCUGACUCUCGAUCUGCUUCGGGUGGAAGCGCUCCACAAGCCUGCCAAGAAAUCUAUCCUCCUGAACCCAGGUGGGCCUGGCGCCUCCGGCAUUCAGUUCGUCGCUUUAACGUCCGACGCCAUACAUGAAGUUCUCGGUGGCGACUACGAUCUGAUCGGCUUCGAUCCUCGUGGCACAGGACGAACGCUGCCGUUCGCUUGCAACGAAACAUUCUCACAGGAUCCGGGUGGCGCAAACUUGACGCUACCGACAAACGUGGACGUGCCGAAAGACAAGCUGGUCAUGUUCAACGUGGAGCAGGUCGUGGACGAAGCGUUUCCCUUCAAUGAAAGGUUCGCAGAUAAGUGCGAACAACAAAUGAAGGACGCUGGCAGCUAUCUCGGCACUGCGUUUGUGGCAAGAGAUACUAUGCUCGAGAUUGCGAAAGCGAUUGACGGGAAAGACGCUUUGCUGAAUUAUAUCGGCAUCGGUCAUGGCACUUACAUAGGUCAAACGUUUGCUGCUAUGUUCCCGGAGCGUGUUGGAUCAUUUCUUCUAGACUCGAAUGUCAAUCCUCGCGACUGGCGCUCUGGCUUUCAGUAUAGCACAUCUCAGGACGCCGACAAAGCGUUACUGAAUAUGCUGCAUGAAUGUAUCAACAACCCCGACAAGUGCGCUCUUGCCCGAUAUGCACCUUCCGGUGAUCCGCUAAAAUUAUUGGCCUUUAUCAACUCUCAAAGAUACAAGAUCGAAGAGCUACCUGACUACCAAUCCUUGUUCUAUUCCUGGGAGUCUUUCAAGCAACUACUUCACAGCAUUCUCUACAGCCCGAUUCAGUGGUCAUGGGCGACUGACAUAAUUCAAGAAGAGCUGUUCCCAAUUAAGAAUAGCUCGGACCGUUGGCCGCCAUUCAAGUUGCCUGAUGGCGAGCCUGGACCGGAGUGGAAUCUUGGAAUUAACGCGCUGCAUGGCAUUAUGUGCUCAGACAGUCUUUGGAAGACGUCCCAGAAGGAGGAGCUUCUGCACGUCGCCCAGAAGCAGUGGCAAACCAGCGCUUUCGCAGAUAUAUUGAGCCACAGGUUCGCGUGGCCGUGCGCAGUAUGGAAGAUGAAGUCGAAGGAGAUUUACGAUGGAGAUUUCGAGGUGAAGACCGCCAGUCCUGUGAUGUUCGUCAACGGCAAAUUCGAUCCCAUCACUCCUUGGUCCUCAGCGGUCAAUGUCAGUGCAGGCUUCGAGGGGAGCGUACUGCUCGAGCAUGGUGGAGUCGGGCAUGGCAUGUAUGCACACCCGUCGCUGUGCACAGCGAAGGCUGUUCGGGCAUAUCUCGAUGAGGGUGUUCUGCCUCAGCCAGGUACGAGGUGUGAGCCCGAUGUUGAUCCCUUCGACGUCGAGCUGCCUGAGUUCGGGCUACCGGAGCCUGGCAAGAAGAAAGUCAAGCGGAGGAGUUUGGGAGGCGAUAUAACGGAGGGAGAUUUGAAGUUGUUGAAGGCGAUGAGGAAGCUGAACGUACAUCUGAACCAAAUUGAGCUGGGUGAGAUGGCUUCAUGGCCACAAUGA